AUGGAGUUGUCAACGGGUUUGCUGAUUUUAUCAUGUAUUGUGAUGUAUAUGAUCUGGUUCAAGACCAUCGUACGGCCGUUAAAGGGGCCACGUGUGUGGCCGAUAUUAGGUAGCCUACCUGGCUUAAUCCAGAACGCUAAUCGUAUGCAUGACUGGAUCGCCGAUAACCUCCGCACAUGCGGCGGCACGUACCAGACUUGUAUAUCUCCGGUUCCCUUUUUAGCCCGGCGACAGGGUCUCGUGACAGUCACGUGCGACCCCAGAAACCUUGAACAUGUUCUCAAGAUCAAAUUUGACAAUUACCCAAAGGGUCCCACCUGGCAGGCUGUCUUCCAUGACCUACUUGGUGAUGGGAUAUUCAACUCCGAUGGUGACACGUGGCUCUUCCAGAGGAAAACAGCUGCUCUUGAAUUCACCACGCGUACGCUCCGGCAAGCCAUGGCACGGUGGGUCAGCCGUGCAAUUAAGCUCCGGUUUGUCCCGAUUUUGGAAACGGCUCAGAAGGAAGGGACGCCGGUCGAUUUACAAGACCUUUUGCUCCGGCUAACUUUCGAUAAUAUCUGUGGUUUGGCUUUCGGGAAAGACCCACAAACGUUAUCCCCAGGGUUGCCGGAGAACAGUUUCGCGGCGGCGUUUGACCGGGCUACAGAAGCCACUUUACAGCGGUUUAUCUUGCCGGAGACGAUAUGGAAGCUGAAGAAAUGGGUUGGGUUAGGAAUGGAGGUUGACUUAACCCGAAGCAUGAAACACGUGGAUGAAUAUAUGACAAAUGUGAUUAACACACGUAAGCUGGAAUUGCUGAGUCAUACAGAAAGUGGGACGCCACAUGAUGAUUUGCUGUCGAGGUUCAUGAAGAAGAAAGAGUCCUACACGGAUGCGUUCUUACAAGACGUGGCACUGAAUUUCAUCCUAGCUGGACGUGAUACGUCAUCAGUUGCGCUGAGCUGGUUUUUUUGGCUUGUGAUAAAAAACCCUAGAGUUGAACAAGAGAUUCUGAGCGAGCUGUGUUCUGUCCUAAUGGCGACACGUGGACAUGACACAUGUAAAUGGGUGGAAGAGCCAUUAGUCUUUGAAGAAGUUGACCAAUUGACUUACCUCAAAGCAGCGUUAUCGGAGACGCUCCGUCUCUACCCGUCGGUUCCGGAAGAUUCGAAGCACGUGAUCGCCGACGAUGUUCUCCCCGACGGCACCGUCGUCCCCGCCGGUUCCUCCAUCACUUACUCGAUCUACUCAACCGGCCGGAUGAAAUUCAUUUGGGGAGAAGAUGUUUUGGAAUUCAAACCGGAGAGAUGGCUAUCGAAGGAUGGAAAGAAAUUCGAGUUCAAGGAUCAAUACCGAUUCGUCUCGUUCAAUGCAGGUCCACGAAUUUGUUUAGGAAAAGAUCUGGCUUACCUUCAGAUGAAAUCGAUAGCGGCGGCAGUGUUGCUCCGGCACCAGUUAUCCGUCGUCACCGGCCACCGCGUGGAACAGAAAAUGUCCUUGACGUUGUUCAUGAAAUAUGGGUUGAAGGUCGAUCUCCGCCCUAGGGAUUUGACGCCGAUUGUGGAACAAAUUGCGAAACUUCAGGCACGGGGCUGA